CAAUAACAAAACCACCCGAGUACCUAGGUGUCCACCUUACCUACCUACCUAUCUAUCCACCUAUCUACCUAUCUACCUACCUACCUACCUACCCGGUCCAAAAGCUAUAGUUCAGCCUCGGUCAUCCGCCGUCGGUCGUCCUCUCAUUCCGCAUCGUCGACCCCGAACGGCCAAAGACCUCGCUCGAAACAGAUAAACGUAUCCCAUCGACGCUUGCAUGCCUUAAAAUAUGACAACUAUCGUCGAAGGUGGCCCGAGUGCGAGGCCAGAGAUCCGGGAGAGCGAUGAUGACUCUUCGUCAAUAUCUGGUAGUUCCUACAUCGGCAGCGAUUCACCCGAUCGCGACCCACCUACACGUCAGUGGGAGACCGAAGAUGAUGGGGGUCAAGAUCAGGUUGGCGAGCGCCCCGCCGAGCCUUUAAACACAACAGAGCGAGUUUACGGCGGCACUGGCAACAACAUAGACGCAGAUGCGGACACACAGGAUCCACCGGCAGAAGAGCCACAGGCAGUAGAGCCACAGGCAGUUGCGAAAGAGAUGGGUACAGAUGCUUUGCAAGACGUGCCCGGAAGCUCGCAAGUUGUUGACUCGAACACAACGGAAGAAACCUCCGGCCCAGUUCUGGAUGAAUCUGUCUCAACACACACUGCACCUCCGGUGCUCGACGGUCCAGGGGCAGUUGUGGAUGGCACUCUGGAAACGGGAGUAGGUUUGAGCGAGGGUGAUUCCUCUUUGCCAACCACGCCGCAGGUAGAAGAAGCUGUUCAAGAAUCAACUUCGACACAGCCAGAAGCCCCUCCGCACACAGAGACACACCCUACUGCGCAAAGUGCAGUUUCUCCGCAGCAGGAUGCCCUUGCAGCCGCACAUACCGCGGUUCAACCGGAAGGGCCGUCAAGACAGGACGACACGCGCACACGAGCAGGAGCUUCACCUCGACCGGAAUCCCGUUCUUUACUAGACGCACUCGAUUCAACUACGCCAGCUAAUUCGCAGCGGUCUUCGCAUCGGACCUCGGGGACAGGACGACGAGGGCCGGUUAUAGUGUAUGGUGGUUAUAGGUCAAGGCCCAGCGCACGCGGCUCGCCACAACCACCAGCACAGGCUGUGCGUUCUAUGCUGCUCCCAUCACAAGAACCGCCAUUGCCAGCCCGACCACCCACGCCGCCUCCUUUGCCACGGGACCCCGUUCCAACGCCAGCUAACCAGCCGAGGAUCGAGAUAAGUAGCCCUGAAGGCGAUGUGGAUGGCGAUGCGUCGGAAAGAAGCCCUUCUGGCCCUGGUGUUGUCCUGCCCCGAUGGCAACCAGACGGCGAGGUAACCAUUUGUCCGAUAUGUCACACACAAUUCGGCUGGCUCAAUAGGAAGCACCACUGUCGGGUGGUUUGUAACUCUUGCUCGCCCCACCGCAUAACAAUCCCCUAUCAGUUCAUCGUCCAGCCUCCUGGCACACCGCAAAGAUCCCCAUCCGCCCUUCCUGUCGACAGCCCAGGAGGCUAUACGGACUUCAACAGCCUCGGCGGUGGCGAGCGCGUGAGGCUCUGCAAUCCUUGCGUUCCCGAUCCUAAUACGUCGCCACCCCAAGCCCACCAGUCUGUCCAUCGAGCUAGACACUCGAGAUCGCAGAGCAGCUUUGCGAGUGCUGUAGGGAUUGACCUACGUAGAGGCCCUAUGCACGUUUCUACUUCUGGCUCUAUCGAAAAUGGGGGCAGGAGUGCACCAAUAAAUCGAGGUCUUAGUCCGACUGGAGGCAUACAGAGCAGAACGAUUUCGGCCACAUCACCGGCCUUGGGACUUCCCGCAAGGCAGCGAUCGAUAUUUGACAUCCCGCCCUCAGAAGACCCGGCAGGCUCCUCGUCAUCGUCCUCUCGAACACGCCAGCAUAAUCGUCGCAGCCUGCCCCCUGUUCCUCGACAGCCCUCACCGGCGCGGCGACGACAGCCAAUUCCGGAGGAGGACGAGUGCCCAGUGUGUCACAAUGAGUUGCCCAGUCGAACUCUUGCUAAUUUCGAGGCACUGCGCGAAAGUCACAUCGCCAAUUGCAUCAUGUCGCAUAGUACGUACGGCGGAUCACCUGCUGCGGUUGUCUCGCCGACGAAUGUCGGGUCGACGGGCGAGGGUCCCUCGUCACCACCGGGAGUGUUCAGACCAACCGUUAGACGAACGGGUAUGUUUCCGUACGUUGCUACGGAGAAGGACUGCGUCGACUCGGCCGAGUGCACCAUAUGUCUCGAGGAGUUUGAGGUUGGGGUGAUGAUGGCGAGGUUGGAGUGUCUCUGUCGAUUCCAUCACCGCUGUAUCACGGCUUGGUUUGUUGGACACCCUGGACGGUGCCCUGUGCAUCAACAUGAUAGUUUUGGUUUUUGAGUGUCGUGUGUGGGUUCGGUAUUCAGGAGUUUUGUGGUUUGUUUUGUCGGCCUCAUCCUUAAUCAUCCAUGUUGGGCAACUCGCAGUUGAUCUCCCAUCUUAUUGUGUAUGGGAAGCCUUGAACCGCCCAUUUUGGGCGCAGCGUAAGAUGAUACAGGUAUUUGUUUGUUAUAUUUCAGGUUGUCUUUUGUUUAUUCUUUGACAACGCUUCACCUAUUAUCAAUCCAGCUUUUUGAAUGCAAGGCGUCCCAGGUACCGUGUAUCGAGAACAGGGAUUAUUAGCGCAGACGUCAUUACAGUGUAACAAGUUGCAAGUAUCGUGGUUGAGACAGAGACGAUGAGAUGUACCUCUCCCCUCCGUACAUAGAUAGGCCCUCCUGUUAGAUUGCCGCGCAUGCCAUCUAAUCAGAUAGCAAAUUUGACGAUGGACCAUUUAAACAUGGUCAGGUAAGCUACCUAGUGAAGCAAGUGGGUAAUAAUGCAAAUUGCCUAGGACAGUGAGUCAGUUACAUCGUACGAGCUUACAGUAGUAGAGCCUGAAAGUUUAGAUAGUAUCUGUGUGCACAACGACAUACUCUGACGGAGGAAGAAAAAAAAAAAAACGUAUGUGGUAUUAUUUCACCGACAUCUAGGGAAACUCAUGUGCAGAGGACACCUUAGUCCCAAGGCUCUUUGGCGAAUGAAAACUGGGCAUUUGUAGCAAGCGGCAGGAAUGGCGGCUCGUUUUCGUCUAUACUAGUCCCGUGAUAUGUACCAGAACCAACAUGACAGACAACAACAGAAAGGUCAAAUCAUGGAAGUACUAUGUAAGGGUAGACAAAUAUAGAAAUAGAAAUAGAAAUAAGUUUUGACAGACGUACUCAGGGGUAGCUUGUUCUCAUCUCAUCCACCAACGAACUGCUGUGUGGGGAGCUCUUCAUGGGGUAUCCAAGCAAGUAACCUUAAGUCAGAAUAUUUUUUUGUCCUCCCCCGUUACUUUUUUAUUUUAUUUUUAUUUAUUCUUUUAAUUUGAAGGAACCGAACCAAGACCUAUCCGUAUGUGAGUCACCUCUCUUUAUGCUCUUCUUACCCCCAGACCUUAGCUCUAGUUGUCGGGUACCAUUUCCUAGGACUGUUUGGUUUGAAGGAAUUGAGGCUGACAAGGAAACACGCAGGGGAAUCAAUCCUUGCUUUUUCUUUUUGUCGCCCUAGCGGCCCCCCGGGGUCACGGAAGAAACCGAAAUGCCGUGCUGACUGGUGGUACUAGCGGCGGGUCCUGCUAACAG